GACUCAUGGCUGUGUUAGUGCCUUGCUAAACUCCACUGCUCCAUGCAGGCCCUUCCCUGGUGGGCGUGAGUAAAUGGCCCCAGCCCUCUCUAAAUAUAACUUCCCUCCAAAACAGAAAGAGAGAGAAGGAGGGAAAGGAUUACUUACCCAAUCAGAGGCGAUCUAAAAACUUGUCAGAGAAUCGUUUUUUUUUUCUUUUCUUUUUUAGGAUACAGUGUGUGUGUGUGUGUGUGUGUGUGUGUGUGUGUGUGUGUGUGUGUGUGUGUGUGUGUGUGUGUGCAUGUGUGUUUGUGUGUGUCUGUGUGUGUCUCAUACCAUUUUGAUCCAUUUUGUGGCCCCGGGUGGUGCUGGUGGAGCGCGCAGCGGGAGUCACAUUGUCUGUAUGCAAACUGGACGACAUGGCUAUUGUAUGCGUUUGGGCAUAUAUGGAAGCACCGAUGGCUCGGAGGAUACAGCCCGUCUGAAGUUUAGGAGUGGAGAGUCGCCCUCGGCAGUGUUGUGCGCGUUUCUCUCCUCCGACUUUCUCUUUUCAUUAACCGCUCGGGUCCGUCGCUAUGAGUUGCCUGGAUGUGAUGUACCACCAAAGCUAUGGAGCGCACUACCUCCCUGCAGCGGCGUACAAGGCGACCUACUAUAACCACCAUCACCAGCAACAACAGAGGAGGCUAAGUGUUUACAGUAAGAUGCAGGAGUGUAUGGAGCAGCAGCAAGGAGGAGGAAGAGCGAUGCUUUCUAGGGAUCAGGGCCUCCGGCAGGGUCCUGGAGCCGAAUCAGAUCUUAGAUCCACACCCGAUUCAGAGUUGAAGGAUGGUACUCAACCAGCAGAGGCAGAGUACUUGAGCUCCCGGUGCGUUUUGUUCACCUACUUUCAAGGCGACAUCGGUGACGUGGUCGAUGAGCACUUCUCCCGGGCUCUCAGUCAGUCCAGCACCUUCAACAGCGAGACCAAACAGAUCAGAGUGACUCAGCCGUCUGCAUCAUGGAAAGAUGGUGGGUCUCUCUCCGAGGGUCAGAGCAGCUCAGUGUGGAACAGCACCUAUCCAUCCCAGGCCAGUCCUUGCCUUCCCUCUGUGUCUGUCUCAGUCCACCCAGACUUCUCCUCCAGCACCGUUUCCUUCAACCAUCCGGAUGGAGCUCUGUGGGCUGACCACAUGCUCUCCCAGGCCAGCCUCCCGCCUCCAGCUGCCCUCCCCGAUAGCUGGACCUACAGCCUGAACCCCCAGAGCACAAGUGGCUACCCAAAUGUCCACAACAUCUACCAUCCUCACCCCCAUCCUCACAUCCACACCCGGCACCACCACCACAUGCUCCAUUCAUACCCAACCCACAGCCCAGCAUUGGAUCCCAGGUUUAAUCCUCUGCUGCUGCCUGGUGUUAGAAACCAGAACCAGCCAAGCGCCAGCGCAGGGAGUUCCCCACACAGCGAGGGGGUGAAGACGGAAAUGGACCCCAGCCGCAACAGCCCUGUCACGGCUGCCUCUGUCACCUGGACUCCCUCGUCCCUCCAGGGAUCCUUGGAGGUGUAUGACUCAGCUCUUGAUCAGACCAAAGCAAAGACGUCAGUUUGGUUCUAACUGAUGUACUGACAAUAAGAAGGAAUGUCAAUUCACACCAAAAAGGACCGACUAUGUGGCUCUAUCAAUGUUUGGCUGCAACACCAGCACUGUAAUGUACAAUGUAGAUGCUUACUGUAGCUUAAAGACUAUAACUCCUGCACUGUCCACACAACAACUUAUUAUGGAGAUGAACUCAGGCUUUGGACUUAAAUGACAGUGAUCUGCUUUGGCUGCAGGUCAAGGCCCUCGAAGAACGAUAAAAACAGACUACUAGCUUUAAGAAAGGGAGGAAUCACCUCUGUUGGCACAAAACACAAUUUCUCUUUCAUGCAAUGUGAGACCAAGUGGUUCUGUUUCAAGAGCUUGAUUUUGAUCCACAUUUUGUUUUGUACAGUAAAUGUCUGCAAAUGUUUGUAUGUACAGUUUUGCCAUGCUAAGAUGUUGUUUGCUGGAUGACUUUUGCUAAAAUUCUUGCCUAAAUGCUACUUUACUAUUUUGCCUUAAGGGAUUGUGUAGUGUAAAUAUUGGUACUGUAUGUUUAAGUAAUAAAUUGUUGAACUGUA